UCCACCCGAGGGGACUUCACCGUCAGCCCGGGCAAGACCGCCGCACCGCCUCCAUCACCGCUGGUCUCUGCACACCGCCCAAAGCUUCAAAUUAAACAUGGCUCCUUAUGAGAAAUCAAUGGAAAUGAUGCCCUUUAAGCAAAGGAAAUGCCUCGAAACAAGAAAAGAUGAAGUGUGCAGCAUUCGGACUAAAUUCCCCAACAAACUGCCGGUGAUUGUUGAGCGUUACAUCCGUGAAAAGACUCUCCCCCUGUUGGACAAAACAAAGUUCCUGGUUCCCUUCGAGCUCACCUUGGGUCAGUUCCUCUGCCUGCUCAGGAAUAAGAUUGCCUUGGAGUCCACUCAGGCUCUGUUCCUCCUGGUGGCAGAGAAGAGCAUGUCCUGCAUGUCCUCCAGCAUGGGGGAGGUUUACUCCCGCCACAGAGACACCGACGGCUUCCUCUACAUCACCUACGCCUCCCAGGAGAUGUUCGGAGCACCUCGACCAGCAGCCAGGCCGCCCUGCUGAGCCUGAAGCACAUGAAAUAAACUUUAUCAUCAGUGGAGACACCACAUGACAGAGACUUUUUGUCCAGUUUUUUGAGCCCCAAACUGCAUGUCAGCCUACCUCAUGAGACUUCCUGGACGUUCAAACCUUGAAACAGACUGGGAUGGACAAGACUCACCCCAAUGAUGCUGUUUUUAAGACAGAUUGAUCGUUUGAUAGGCAAUUUAUUGGCUGUUGCUCCAAAAUCUUAAAGUAAAUGUGAGGUUUUCUGUUUAUUUAUGUCCUCACUGAUAAAAAAGGUCCAUAUCUACCCUUCGGUUACCUCCGAAACAUCGAGCUUCAAUGCAAACACACUUGUUGUCACAUUGCUGUAAUGCCAGUUCAAUAUGAAACCACAGCAACUCUUCUCCACGCCACACAAACGGGGUCAAUGUCUUGCUGGUAAUCAGACUCCUUUUUAGCACUUAUCUCCCUCGUCCUCCUCUCCUGUCUUUGAUUCCGUCUUCAUCCUCGUCUUUCCCUAAAAAUGUGAAUCUGUGCUUCAGGCUCUUGAGGCAGUUAUUUAAAAAGAAUGGAUGUCAAUUGAUUGUUGCUCUGAUUUGUUCUGUAUCCAAAAAAUAAACUC